UAUAAUGAUGGAGGAUGGGAUCAGGAUGUAGUUCUGAAGAAGCCCCUAAAGUCAGCCCGAGGGAGACCAAGGACGCACCUAUCGAAAGUCUCGUUGACACAAGUAUCCACAAAGAAAAAACUAGAAAAGAUCAUUUAUCCACUUCACAUUCGUCAACCAUGUCUGGAAAGAGGAGACCCGUAAGAACGAAGUCCAUUGUAGAAGGAGAAGCAUAUGAUAUGCUGUUAGUGAGGCACAGUGAACUGAAACCAACACUAAAAGAAUUUGAUCAAGCCCUGAAAAAGCUUCAAAACAUGAAUAAAAUCACGGAGGAGAUGUACCCGAAAAUAUAUGAACUACUUGAUAAAAAAGUAGACGAUCCAUUUCAAGACCACCAAGACCUGGAGCAGAGACUGGUGAUGGGAAACUACUUGGCCAAAAAUGGGUUCGUCCCUCAUUUAGUGGACGUAUACCAGGCUGUCUGGUCUAAUCAUGAUCUCGAAUGGUUUGACGAUGACCUUGAAGAGGAGGAAUCGGAAUCAGAAUUUUUCAAGCUUUUAGCACUAAUCAGGACAAUUUUAUGGAAUUAUGCUGAUGGGAGUCCCAAAUUUGCCGAAUCUAUUGUUAAUGACACACAGUUCUUUCAAUAUCUGACUGAAGAUUUAUUAGCUGUGAAACAGGACCUGGAAGAACUGGAGGACGAAAUUACGAAUGAAAACCACUUUCCAUUUAACUCCACUCUUGGAAUACUCAAUAACUGUGCUCGUAAUGCUGCUACAAAAGAUGUUUACAGUAUCAAGCGUUUGUCUAAGAAGGACGAACAUGAGUCAAAGGAUGUCAAUAUGGUAGAAAUAUUACAAGAGCUGUUGAAAACAGAUAUAACAUAUGUUAAGCUCGUUGUCUUGUUGGCAUUGUCGUACAUGGUCAAUGAGGAACAAAACAGAAAAAUCACUGCCGAUGAAUCCAUUUUUGAUUUCCUACUUGACAUGGUACACAAGGCUGAAAAAGCAAACGAUCGCAGGCAGUGGGGAUUUUCUAUCCAUGAGCUCAUUAAUGGUUUGGCAAAAUUGGCUAAAAAUGAUGAGAACAAAACAACCAUUAUGAAAAAGGGUGCCUUUCAGACCCUAAAACGAAUUUUAAAACAAGGAAAUGUAGCAGAACAGAUUGCAGUUGUCAACGUCAUUUGGGAGUUGUCUUUUGCAAAAAAGAAUAAAGAACUAUUUAAGAAUGAUAAAGAAGUUUGGAAAACACUUCAAAACCUUUACAAUAGCGACAAUGAAGAGUUAUCAAAGGCAGCCCAGGGAGCUUGUUUUGUUAUAAAUGAGGGGCAAGACAAAGCUAAAAAGAAAAAGGAAAAAGUAGAAGAAAAAGCAGAAGAAUCUGCUAUUGCAGGACAUAUCAUGCUAAGCUACAAUUGGGCAAACCAGAAAAUUCUUUUACAGAUCAGGGAUCGUCUUCAAGAGAAAGGCUUCACGGUUUGGAUGGACGUUGACAACAUGGAAGGUUCCAUCCUAGAGGCCAUGGCUCGAGCAGUGGAAGAAGCUAGAAUUAUACUAGUGUGCUACUCUGAGAAGUACAAAGAUAGUCAAAAUUGUCGAACUGAGGCAGAAUAUGCUUACUCACAAAAGAAAGAAAUUAUUCCGCUUUUGAUGGAGAGAGGUUACAAAGCAACUGGAUGGCUGGGUGCCAUGAUAGGAGCUAAACUGUUUUACGAUUUUAGCGGAAAGUACGAUUUUGACAGAAAAUUUGGAGAACUUUAUACCGCAUUGACUGGGAAAAUUUUUCCACAGAAGACCAAGGCAUUGUCAGCCAUUCCUGAGAAUGCUGUUCCGAGCCUGAUGCCUGCAUCUGACGACAGCGUUGUCUUAAUGGAUUGGACGAGAAAAGAUAUUGAGAAAUGGCUUAAUGACAAUCAAUUAACAGCAUUUUCUGGAUUGAAAAAUCUAUCUGGCAAACAACUUGUAUUUCUUUACAAGCUAUUCCGAAGGGCCCCUGAGUAUUUCUAUAGAUGCAUUGAAGAAAAGCUAGGAAUGAAAAGUCUUGAAGAUUUGAUGAAAUUCAGUGAUGCUAUAGAGAAACUGCAAGCAGAAUACCCAGACAUUAAUCGAUUGAUUCAUUAAAUUCAGUAUAAUUUACUGGAUUUUCGGUUGUUAUAAGAUUGUGCCAAUUUCAUUAAC